AUGUACAACAGGACCGUCACUAAAACAAACACCCCCUCCUCUGCCUCCCCCUCUGUCUCCCCCUCCUCUGCCUCCCCCUCUCCGUCCCCUCCUCUGUCUCCCCCCUCUGUCCCGUCACACACCCUCUCCUCUGCCUCCCCCUCUCCAUCCCCUCCUCUGUCUCCCCCCUCUGUCCCGUCACACACCCUCUCCUCUGCCUCCCCCUCUCCGUCCCCUCCUCUGUCUCCCCCCUCUGUCCCGUCACACACCCUCUCCUCUGCCUCCCCCUCUCCGUCCCCUCCUCUGUCUCCCCCCUCUGUCCCGUCACACACCCUCUCCUCUGCCUCCCCCUCUCCGUCCCCUCCUCUGUCUCCCCCCUCUGUCCCGUCACACACCCUCUCCUCUGCCUCCCCCUCUCCGUCCCCUCCCCUGUCUCCCCCCUCUGUCCCGUCACACACCCUCUCCUCUGCCUCCCCCUCUCCGUCCCCUCCUCUGUCUCCCCCCUCUGUCCCGUCACACACCCUCUCCUCUGCCUCCCCCUCUCCGUCCCCUCCUCUGUCUCCCCCCUCUGUCCCGUCACACACCCUCCCCCUCUCCGUCCCCUCCUCUGUCUCCCCCCUCUUUCCCGUCACACACCCUCUCCUCUGCCUCCCCCUCUCCGUCCCCUCCUCUGUCUCCCCCCUCUGUCCCGUCACACACCCUCUCCUCUGCCUCCCCCUCUCCGUCCCCUCCUCUGUCUCCCCCCUCUGUCCUGUCACACACCCUCUCCUCUGCCUCCCCCUCUCCGUCCCCUCCUCUGUCUCCCCCCUCUGUCCCGUCACACACCCUCCCCCUCUCCGUCCCCUCCUCUGUCUCCCCCCUCUGUCCCGUCACACACCCUCUCCUCUGCCUCCCCCUCUCCGUCCCCUCCUCUGUCUCCCCCCUCUGUCCCGUCACACACCCUCUCCUCUGCCUCCCCCUCUCCGUCCCCUCCCCUGUCUCCCCCCUCUGUCCCGUCACACACCCUCUCCUCUGCCUCCCCCUCUCCGUCCCCUCCUCUGUCUCCCCCCUCUGUCCCGUCACACACCCUCUCCUCUGCCUCCCCCUCUCCGUCCCCUCCUCUGUCUCCCCCCUCUGUCCCGUCACACACCCUCCCCCUCUCCGUCCCCUCCUCUGUCUCCCCCCUCUUUCCCGUCACACACCCUCUCCUCUGCCUCCCCCUCUCCGUCCCCUCCUCUGUCUCCCCCCUCAGUCCCGUCACACACCCUCUCCUCUGCCUCCCCCUCUCCGUCCCCUCCUCUGUCUCCCCCCUCUGUCCUGUCACACACCCUCUCCUCUGCCUCCCCCUCUCCGUCCCCUCCUCUGUCUCCCCCCUCUGUCCUGUCACACACCCUCUCCUCUGCCUCCCCCUCUCCGUCCCCUCCUCUGUCUCCCCCCUCUGUCCCUAAACAAGCGUCUUUAGCUCGCUGUACCUAUGAUGCAUUUUUCAUGCCGUGUGGAGGUCUGUGGCGGUGCCCCUCCCCGCACUGGGCUGAACUCUGCCUGAACCGGGACUUGAACCCUUCCUGA